AUGGUCUAUGGACGCAGCAUUGCUGUUGGCGUCUGCUUUAUGUUGAUUGUCAUUCUGAUAUCUGCUCUCAUUUUCUAUCUAAGUUUGGGACCUUGCCCCACAGGCAGCUUUGCGUGCAAUAAUGGCAUCCAGUGCGUGCCGCAGCGCCAAAUGUGCGAUAAACAUCUCGACUGCUCCGAUGGCAGUGAUGAGAAUCCGGUCGAGUGUGGCAAUCUCUAUGGGAGCAAGGAACUUGCCGACAAAAUUGUGCGUAAUGCGAUUGAAAAGAAGAAGCAGCAGCAACAGCUGCAGCGCCCAACGAUAGUUGCCAUAAAUGCCAGCUCCUGGGAUUGGCCAUCGCUGGCGGGCAACGGAAUCCAAACAAUGCUCAUGCCCUGUGCUAUCAUCACAUAUCCGCGCCAGUGCCAGUGCCGCGGCACCAUGCUCUACUGUGGCAGACUGGCCAAGCUGCGUCGCUGGCCCCGCCUCAGCGAGGAGGUGACAAAUCUUUUCAUUAUUCGCAACAAUGUGACGCUGCGAGACAACCUAUUUGCAAAUUUAACGCGACUGCAGAAGCUUACGCUCAAAUACAACAACAUAUCACACUUGCCGCCUGGCAGCCUUAGCGGUUUGCCGCAUCUGGAACGUUUCGAGCUUAGCCAUAACAAUAUUAGCCGAUUGCCGCAUGGCAUACUCAAGGAUUUGCCAUCGCUGCAGUGGUUGUUCCUGGUCAACAAUCAGCUGCGCUACUUUCCCAUGGAGCACUUGGCAUCUAUGCACAAGCUGGAGUGGCUAGUAUUGAGCCACAAUCGUCUGACCCUGCGAGAUGAGCAGCUAUCCAAAAGUCCAAAACUUGUCGAAAUCUACUUGGAAAACAACCGAAUCGAAUACAUUGGCGAGAAAACUUUUGCGCAAUUGGAUAAAUUAGAGCUGCUCGAUCUAAGGUACAACCUUAUCACUCACAUACAUGAGGAAGCCUUUGUAAAUCUUUCUGCUAUUUUAGAUAUCCGCCUCAUUGGCAAUCCUAUUAAGGAAUUAUCAGGCGCAACAUUUUUGUAUAACACACACCUGGAGGCACUCUCGCUGGCACACAUGCCCUUGGCCAUAGACCGCAAUCUAUUGGAAUCGCUGAACGUAUCCUUUCUGAAUCUGACUGGCAUCGAAUUCGAUCGCAUUGAUUUCACGGCCCUCAACGAGAUGCGCAAUUUGAAGUACAUCGUCUUUGAGCGUUUCUACUACUGCUCCAUGACGCCGCAAGUGCUAAUGUGCAAGCCGAAAACCGAUGGCGUCAGUUCGUUUAAAGAUCUAUUAAGCAAACCCUCGCUGCGCUACUCCACCUGGCUCAUGGCGACGCUGUCCAUAGGUGGCAAUUUGAUGGUGCUCUGGGGUCGUUUCAUCUACCGCGAUGAGAAUGUCGCUGUCACAAUGGUCAUCAGAAAUCUAGCACUGGCCGAUAUGUUGAUGGGCUUCUAUUUGUUAAUCAUUGGCGUGCAGGACUAUCGCUACAGGGAUGAGUAUCAUAAAGUGGCACGUGAGUGGUUGAACUCUUGGCAAUGCAAGGCAAUUGGCACAUUGGCGGUUAGCUCCUCGGAGGUAUCAAUGCUAAUACUGGCCUUUAUGUCUGUGGAACGUUUUCUGCUGAUUGCGGAUCCAUUUCGUGGUCAUCGGAGCAUCAGUGUCCGCAUCAUUUACUUCUCCCUGUUGUGCAUUUGGCUAACUGGAGUGGGUCUGGCUGUAACGCCCGUUGUCAUCUGGUACUCGAGCACCCAGUUUUAUGGCACACAUUCGGGCACCUGUUUUCCACUGCUCAUCCACGAGGCAUAUCCGCUGGGCUGGCAGUACUCAGCGUUUGUCUUUCUGGGCGUCAAUUUGUGGCUACUGGUCAUGAUUGCAUUAUUAUAUACGGCUCUGCUCAUCUCGAUCUGGCGUACACGAAGUGCAACGCCCCUAUCGCUGCUGGACUGCGAGUUUGCGGUGCGUUUCUUUUUCAUUGUGCUUACGGACGUACUAUGCUGGGCACCCAUCAUAGCCAUGAAGAUCUGGGUGUUCUUCAAAUACAAUAUCUCCGAUGAUAUCUAUGCCUGGCUGGUGGUUUUUAUACUGCCCCUGAACUCCGCUGUCAAUCCACUGCUCUAUACAUUCACCACGCCCAAGUAUCGCAAUCAAAUCCUGCUACGUGGCUGGAAAAAGAUAACGUCACGCAAGCGCACCGAAACUGGUCUGGGUAAUGUAGCUAAUACCACAACGGGCACAGCAACGGGCUCCUCGCAAAAUCCGGACGACUACACCACCACCACCACCACUACAAUAAAGGCUAUGCCGCUAGCUUUAACGAUGAGCCCCUGA